GCGGCCGGCGACCUGGGCCGGUGGACUCUGUUCCCCGGAUCCGGCCCGGGCUCGCGGCCCAGGGCCCUGGGGGCGCGGGCCUGGAGGAGUGGGGCUGCGCCUUACCCCAUUCAGCCUCAGUUUCUCCUUCCUGAGACAGAAUGGAAAUCAGGCGAUCGGGUUAGGGGAAACCAACUGGCCCGGGCUGACGAAGUGCCCAGCGCGGUACUGGAGCGCGUUUCCAGCGAUCCCUACCCGCGGCUGGAGCGCCGCCACCUCUGGAAAACUGGCAGAGACGGAACGGGCGGGGAGCUGCGUGGUCUCUGCAAGAUGAGUGGGCUAGACUUCAGGACAGCUCUGGAACCCUGAGUCACGCUGCCCUUUGCCUGCGUUCUUUUGCGGGACAGCAGGGUGACAGCUGGUGCUGGCUCAUCCUUGCUCCAAACACAGCAUACCCCACCUCCCCACCUCCCCCACCUCUAGAUCUGGACCUUGUGAACCCGCACAUGAGUGUAGCCUCCCCCUGGGCCCGAUGUGCAUCAUCUUCUUUAAGUUUAAUCCUCGCCCUGUUUCCAAAAAUGCCUACAGGCUCAUCCUGGCAGCCAACAGGGAUGAAUUCUACCACAGGCCUGCCAAGGUAGCUGACUUCUGGGGGAGCAACAAUGAGAUCCUCAGCGGGCUUGAUAUGGAGGAAGGCAAGGAAGGAGGCACUUGGCUGGGGAUCAGCACGCGGGGAAAACUGGCAGCUCUCACCAACUACCUGCAGCCGCGGCAAGACCCGGAUGCCCGCAGCAGAGGUGAACUUGUGGCCCAGUUUCUGACCACCGACAUGGACAGCCUGUCCUACCUGAGGAAGGUGUCCACAGAGGGCCACCUCUACAAUGGCUUCAACCUCCUUGCAGCCGACCUGAGCACAGCGAAGGGAGAUAUGAUCUGCUACUAUGGAAACCGAGGGGAGCCCGAGCCUGUCGUGCUGGCACCAGGCUCCUACGGCCUGAGCAAUGCCUUGCUGGACACGCCCUGGAAGAAGCUGUGCUUUGGGAAGCAGCUGUUCCUGGAGGUGGUGGAGCAGAGCCAGGUGCUCCCCAAGGACGCCCUCAUUGCCCAGCUCUUGGAAGUGCUCAACAACGAGGAGGCGCAGCUGCCAGACCCAGCCAUCGAGGACCAGGGCCGAGAGUACGUGCAGCCCAUGCUGAGCAAGUACGCGGCUGUGUGUGUGCGCUGCCCGGACUACGGCACAAGAACCAACACAGUCAUCCUGGUGGACGGGGAUGGGCACGUGACCUUCACGGAGCGCACCAUGCUGGACAAGGACCCUUUGCGCUGGGAGACCAGCACCUAUGAGUUUAGGCUGCAGAGCUAAUGGGCUGCUUUUGGGGAAUGACCCCGGCCACAUGUAUUACGCAUAACGUCCCGGACCCUCAACACCAGGCCCUAUGACUUGUGUGCAAUCCAUCUGUCUCCCUGUCCUGAGGCCUGCCAUCAUGCUGCCCAUGGGGAAGGAUGGUGGCAUGACCAGGGCCUGAGAAAAGCUCCUCAGAGAGGAAGAACAGCCUGGCUGGUGGACUCGGGGCUUCCUGAGUGUGCUGGGGGCCUCCUGUGGGGAGCAGUUUUGUGUGUGGGGGGGGUCUCCACAUGAGGGGCGGGCCCACCUAUACCUGGGCAUCUCAGCAGGCUCUUAGGUAUUAAGGCAUGUGGUUAUUUAUAAGCAGGCCCAGGUGAACCAGGGGUCACAGCCAGACUAUCUUGUCCCUUGUCUUUGGGGGGUGCAGUUUCAACUGGACCAGUGCUUCAGUUGCUUGAUGCUGAGAAUAAACUUUGAGGCAGUGACAAGCCUGUGCCUGCCAGGCUCCUGACUUGUGUGACAGACAGGCUGGUGCUGACAUGGCUAUGGGCUGGGUGGGGGCUGUUCCUGGGCCUUGCUUGGCAGCUCCUGUGGACACAACGAAGCUGUGGUGUUGACUCUUGGCUCACGGCCUCCUGAGCAUCAGGACGGGUGCCCUGAGGGUCCGUGGGUGUGGAGGGGAUGUGUGGAGAGUCACCGGGCUUUAGGACCCUCUCAGCUAGGUUAUGGAGCCAGAAGUUCACAGGGCUGUGGGAUGACCCUGCUGUGAGGACCCUGGGAGGGAAGUAUGUGGUCUGCAAAAUCUGGGUAGACCCCAGAACCAGGGAAGGGGGAAGAACAACCCCAAGACCGGGGUUUUGAGUAAGCACUCAGAAUUUCUCCCCACCCCAGCAGAGUGGAAGGUUUCAGAUGACCAGUACUGAGGCACAUUAUCUGACCCCCUAGCUGGUCUUGGGGGUGAGGGGCGCCUCUGGCGGGAUGCACUGUAGACCUGCCCCACACUGACUCCCCUCUCUUAACCUUCCCCUGUCCUGGACACUCUCAGGGGUCCUUGGCUCAUUUUGAACUCAGAAGAAAAAUGCUCCAGCACAGAGCCAGACCUGAUGGUGGCUCUGAGCAGGGAGGCACCCACACCCCUGGCCCAAGCCCCUCACCUGUGUCUGGCUGAGCCAUGGGGGAUCUAGUCUCUCAGUAUCCUUCCACUGCAUCAGGGAACUAGCCCACAUCACACACCAGUGCCUGUUCUGGCCUCUAUCAGACUGGAUGUGUCCACCCUUGGGUCCAGCCCAGCUGGAUGAAGCUAUCUGUGAAAACACUCCUCUCCUCUCCAUCCCAGAUGUUUACCCCUGGGCCUGUCCAGGGGAAAAGCUUUCCUGGCACUUGUCAUGCCUACCCACCCCCCACCCCCCGCUUGCCCUGUAUUCCCAAGGCGGGGGCAACCCAAGAUAUAGAUUCUUUUGUUAUAGGUUGAAAUAUGUGUCUCCCCAAAGAUAUUGAAAUAUGUGUCUCCCCAAAGAUAUGUUGGCAUCCUAGUCCCUAAGGGUGUGAUCUUACUUGGGUCUCUGUAGAGAUGGUUUAUAGAAUUCAAAUGAGGUCAUUGGGGUGGGUCUUGGUUCAGUAGGUGUCUUGAUAAAAAAAAAAAGUAAUUUUGGACACAGACAAGCACAGGGCUGGUGUCUAUGAAGACUGGACUUGUGCUGUCACCUACCAUGGAACCACUGGGCACUGGGAGCGAGGCUAGGAACAGACCUUCUCUGUAGCUGUAGAGCACUGAGGCCCUGCUGAUACCACAGUCCCAGAUAUACAGAUUUCAGGUGUGGUCUGUGGAAUAUUUUGGCAACCCACCGAGGACGAUGUAACCCCUGAUUGAGAAACACUGCUCUAAGUCUUAGUUUUUUAAAUUUUGUUUUUGGGUCACACCUCGUGGUGUUCAGGGCUUGCUCCUGGCUCUGAACUCAGGAAUUACUGUGGCAGUGCUCUGGGGACCAUAUGGGAUUCUGGAGAUCGAACCCUGAUGGCCACAUGCAAGACAAGUGCCCUACCUGCUGUGCUCUCUUGGGCCCUAAAUCCUAAUAGCAUACCUGGCUCCAGCAAAGUAUUACAAUCCAGAAACUGGCAUUGAUAGAAAACUGUAUUAUUUUGGAGGGGAGGGGAGAUCAUUGGCCAAUCUGGCUGUGCUCAGGGCUUAACCUAGCUCUAUGUUCAGGGAUCAUUCCUGGAGUUCUCAGGGGACCAUAUGGGGUGCUGGAGAUUGAACCUAGAUUGGCUGCAUACAAGGCAAGUGCCCUUGCCCCUACCUCUGGAUUAUCACUAUGGCCCUUGGGUUCUAGCUUUUGUUGUGUAAAGAACGCUGUAAUGGUUUUAUUUCUCUAAGCAAAAGGGAAUAUCUACAUUAGAAUGGAGGCCAGACUGUUAGCUCAGACUUGGAGGCAGUUCUCAAAAUAAUGCCAUAUACCAGUGAGACUUUAUAACUUCCAGGUUUGGGUGGAUCCAGGUGAUAAUGUCUAGCCUGGUAUAUGUGGGUGAGUUCUCCCAGAGAGGUAAGAGUUAAAAUUGAAAGUUUUAUUCAGUUUCUCUCACCCUGAGGGCAAGGGGAAAGAAGCAGUCAGAAUUUAAAGGCUUUAUGGUUAAGUUUCCUGCCUGGCUAACAGUGCAGAAGCUGGGGCUAGGUGAAGCCCUUGGGAUAUGAGGGGAAAUCUAAGAACCAACAAAGGCUACUGUUGCAACUAGAAGAAACAGGGUAACAGCUCCUGCAGGUGCUUUAUUGUCUCUUUCCACAGUAAAGUUACUAUUUUCACUUUGCAACUAAGUUGCAAAGGAAUAGUGGGAGAAGAAACUGUAACUUUGUAAACCAGCUACAAUAACGAAAUAAAAUACCAUUCAUACUUUUU